UGUCAAACUUGUAUUUGCUUCAGCCCACCACGCGCAUGUUAUUACGUCAUACACGCUGACAGUCAUGUCCAUAUUGUCAAUUGAAGUCUGGCUGUGUUUAUACUAUUUGCUCGGAAUGCCAGGAAAUUACACAGAAGUGUCGUAAAAAGACCAAACGCAGGAACAGUAAUGGAGGACUGCACGCCCUUGUUUACUUUCGGGAUAAUAGCUGACAUACAAUACGCAGACAAAGAAGACGGAUUCAAUUUUUUAAGAACAAGGAGACGCUACUAUAGGAACAGUCUGGAACUGCUGCGUUCAGCGAACCGUGUUUGGAAAGAGGAACCGGUCAAUCCCAGCUUUAUUCUCCAGCUAGGAGACGUUAUCGAUGGUUUUAAUAAGCAAUACGAGGCUUCGGAUCGAGCCCUAGAAACGGUCGUCAGUGAAUUUGACAACUGUUUAGUUAAGGUACAUCAUGUUUGGGGAAAUCAUGAGUUUUAUAACUUCAACAGAAACAGUCUGUUUGCCUCUCCCAUUAACAGCGGGACGAAACCCGCAUCCGGAAGUAAUUUCAUUGAUGACGAGAUAUAUGCGUAUCACUUCAGCCCCGCCCCCAAGUUUCGAUUUGUAGUCCUUGAUGCAUAUGACUUGAGCAUCAUAGGAAGAGAUCCAAACCAUGAAAAGUACAAUAAGGCAAUGGAAAUCUUAAAAGAACAGAACACCAAUAACGAUCUCAACCACCCUCCAGUGUCUGGUUGGUUAGAGCAAAGGUUUGUGAAGUUUAAUGGAGCAUUCAGCCAAGAGCAGCUUCAGUGGUUGGAUAAAGUCUUAACUCUUGCUGACCAGAAACACGAGAGAGUAACUAUCCUGAGUCAUCUUCCUGUUCACCCAGACUCUGCAGACCCAAUUUGCCUUGCUUGGAACUAUGAUGCAAUGCUCUCUAUUCUUCACUCUCAUAAGAGUGUAAUUUGCUUUAUAGCGGGACAUGACCAUGAUGGAGGCUAUCACAAAGAUGCAUCUGGCAUUCACCACCUAACACUGGAAGGGGUGAUUGAAACCCAUCCAGAUAGCAAUGCCUUUGGGACUGUUUAUGUCUAUGAGGACCAGAUGGUUCUGAAGGGCAAUGGAAGAAUUUUAGACCGAGUUCUCGUGUAUCCAAGCCCUUAUUAAAAUAAAAUGUAUAGAAUUAUGGGAAUAAAAGUCCUAUAUUAUUAUUAUAUUAAAAAAGCAAUUUUUGCAGACUGUGUUGAAUCUUGCAAUAUAAACCUAGAAAGAUGCUCACAAAAUGUACAGUUUAAAGUAAAACAUUUUUAUAUGUAUUUACUUCAAACCAAAUCUUAUUUACAAUAUGUAUAAAUACAAUAAGAACUAUAGUAAAGUAUAAAAUAUGUGAAUAAUUGA